GAGAGCGCACCGGUAGUGUUGUGGUUGAAUGGAGGGCCCGGUUGUAGUUCACUGUUUGGAAACCUGGGAGAGAACGGACCCUUUCGAGUCAAUUCAGACGGAAAGACAUUGACAUUAAACCCGAGCUCUUGGAAUUCAGUGGCGAAUGUGGUUUACUUUGAAUCACCCGUUAGUGUCGGCUUCAGUUAUAAAGAAGACAAACAAUACCACAAUACAGACGAGUCGACAGCAGUUGACAAUCAUUUAGCUCUCGAAGCGUUUUUCAAGAAAUUUCCGGAUCUAAAGAAAAAUCCAUUUUAUAUUUCUGGUGAAAGUUAUGCCGGAAUUUAUAUACCAAUGUUAGCGCAACAGAUAUUCAAAACCAAAUCCACAAUUAAUCUCAAAGGAGUAUUGAUAGGCAACGGAUUCUUGGAUUUGGGAACACUCGGCGGUCAACACAGCACUGAUUUAAGAUUAGGUCACGGAUUGGUUACCACUGAUUACUACGAGCAGAAGAUUGAGAACUGCUGUGAAUGUAAGACCGGUGAAGUGAUGCACGCAUACGAUUUCAGCAAGGCACCUAAUAAAACAAAAUGCAAUUCCGUGCCGUCGGGUGGGGCCGGAACUCCCAAUCCAUAUAACAUGUACGAUGACUGCAAUCCGUCCGCCGCUUACGUCCAUCUCUUUAACAAACGUUACGCCAAAGCACUUAAUGCGGAACCGAUUAAACUCAAUGCUAAUGACAAUAAAAAGUGUCCACACAAUGGAUACACUGAAUGGCUUAAUGUACCGGAAGUGCGCAAAGCAUUGCACGUAAGGCCUGAAGACACUCACACAUGGAGUGAUUGCGGCGGACAUUACAGCGAUUUUGGUCGCGACCAACAGUCGACUGUCACUGAAUUGUUAGACGUCUAUAAAAUUGAAAAACUCGUUAUAUUUAACGGAAACUUUGAUACAGUUUGCGAUCACAUCGCGAAUCAACGCUUUGUCGAUAGAUUAAACCUGAAAAAAGUUGGUCAUUAUAGUUCGUGGAAAACUCCGGACGGAUUCUCCGGCGGUUUUGUCCAGCACUACGAGAAGAACCUGAGCUUUGUAUUGGUUCGCGCGGCCGGACAUAUGGUUCCUCACGACAAACCCGAAGCCGCACUUCAGAUGCUUAAGAAUUCCAACUUCUCUAUAAUGAACGGCCAGUUGCACGACAAAAAUAUUAAAGUGAUGAUAACAUUUCCAACAUUUAUACUAUACUUCUGUGUAGUAUUUGCUGCAAAUGAAGACGAGAUUAAGAGUCUUCCGGGUCUUUCGGAUCCAAUUAAUUUCAAACAAUAUUCCGGUUAUUUAGAUAUCGGCGACGGAAAGCAUUACUUCUAU